AACGAUCUCCUCUCAUCUUCUAAACUCAUUUACAGUUUGUGUUUAAAAAAAAAGAAAUUCGUAAUGGCUGGUCUCAAGCUUGUUUGUGCUCUAUUGUUGUGCGUGUUGGUGGCUUCUCCGAUCGCCACAACCGCCCUAACCUGCGGAGACGUGUCGACGAAGAUGGCCGCCUGCGUACGAUACUUGCAGAACGGAGGGGCCGUGCCGGUGCCAUGCUGCAAUGGGGUCCGAGGCCUGAACGGCAUGGCUCGAACCACCCCGGACCGCCAAGCUGCAUGCAGGUGCUUGCAGAACGCAGCUAGGUCGAUCCCCAACAUCAAGCCUCCAUUGGCCGAGAGCCUCCCGGGCAAGUGCGGCGUCAGCAUUCCUUACAAGAUCAGCACCUCCACUAACUGCAACAGUGUGAAGUGAGAUGGAUGAAGGCAAGGGGUUUAAAGAGGCAUGCAGGA